AUGCUAUCCGCCAUGAACCGGCCAGAAGACACGGUGCGAGGGCCACGCAGCUACCGGGGUGAUACAGAUGAGGAUGAAGGAGAGAAGGGGCCAACCGAAUCCCUGGUCCCCCCUCCGUUGUCCUACAACGAGGGCUCGCCGCGCGCAGAGGAAGAUGGAUCGAGGCCGGGUACCGCGAUGAGCGACCACCCCGGCAGUGGUAGCAAACAAUCAUCCAAUCAAAAGCUGUUGACUCAGGAGGAGACGAUUGAACUUGCCCGGCGCGCGGUGGAAAGUGGUAUUCAAGAUACCAAACGGUCUUUGGCGGGAAGUGAGGCUGUUACGGAUGUGGUCAAGCCGAAGCUGACCAUUGACCUGGGCCAUUCCCAUAUCGUCAGGAUACCAGAGCCUGUGGUAGACAUCAUCAAAGAUGAAGUCGAGAGACUUUCCCUGUCGAAUAACCAUCUAUUUCACAUUCCGUACCGCUUUGCAGAGUGCUCCCAUCUUCGAUAUCUCAACAUCCGAGCAAAUAACUUCCGGGAAUUCCCUAAAGGAGUCUAUAAAUUACCCUUGCUGGAGAUCCUUGAUCUCAGUCGGAACAAAAUUAAUGCCCUCCCAGAUGAGAUCAGCAAACUGAGAUCUCUACGGGUGUUAUCGAUUAUGCAGAACCGGUUGGAUGACCUCCCAGUUGGGUUGUCCGAUAUGAACAAGCUACAAAUUCUCAAAAUAGCUGGCAACCCCCUGCGAUAUCCUCUCCGCCGUGUGCUGGAGGCAUCGGAGGCUGAAAUAGCACCUACCAUGACGGACAAUGAAAAGGAAGUUGCGGUGACUGCAGAGCUCAAGAGAUUCUUGAGAACUCGCCAACAAGCGACAACACCCGAGCCAGAGAGCAGUGGUGAUACAAGUGAUAUCUCCUUCGACACGCCAAAACCCGCUCCAGUCAAACGGAAACUGAGUAGUCGAUUCCCCGUCAUUCCCAGCACCGGCGAUGGCUCCUCAGCGCCUUCGUCUCGGUCUCCCUCCAUAUCACGACCACCUCCAAUUCCGGCUAAAUCACACUUCCGCGUGGCCUCUGGUCAACAACCGGCCGGGUAUCAUAUGCCUGGUCUUCAGCGACCUGGUGCAGUACCUCACUCUUUCAACGAACGCAAUCGAAGUAACAGCGAGGGUAUCAUUCAGGCAUCUUUUUCAGCUCGAAAUAAGCGUAUGGGCCUCAUUACUCGAAAGAAUACCGAUCUCGGGACGCUGGAUGAAACUCGACCAUAUCGAAACAGUCAUUUGCGUGGCCUAAGCCAUGGGUCUGUUCUCCGAGCACAUCCGACAGCACCAGCUCCUGCCAGCAGCAGUAGCUCUUCAAGCCCGAGCAGCCCACGAGAACGUCGACGUCCGCGGGAUGGUUGGGUCAAUCGGAUGUCAAGUCUCCCAGAGCACAAAGGCGAGCGAGGGUCAGACGACCCCAUUAUUGAGAGCGCCAAGGGCAUCCUGUUUGCGCUCUUCCAGAUCCAUGCUCAUAUUUCCACCCUGAUUAACGUGAUUCAGCGUGACGACACACGACGCCACAGUCUUGAGCUCGUGUUUUAUAAUGCCUCCACUCACGUCGAUCGGCUUAAUGAAGCCCUCGAGAAUGCCGAAACUUCAUUACCUGACAGUCCCGAAGCCGCAAGGAUGAUCACGGAGACUGUCAAGCGUGAAUGUGAGACGUGCAUCGUGGCUUACACCCACGUUGGCACACAAUUGCGAAACAGUGCUGCAAAGAUCGUCUCAAAUGGCGACUCGCGAUAUGUGCGCUCGCUGAUGCUGAUGAUGUAUGGCAGUCUGGUGGAAUUACGGAAUGCCUGCGCUAGCCUCAACGUCCCGAUGAACCAGCCCCAAAAGUCAACACCGGCUCCCAGGCCAGCCAUGCCAGAGCCUAUCAAGGGCCCUCCUCUGGACCGAUUCCAGCGAUCUAUUGUCACCCCCACUCGGGACCCAGCCCCUCCGACGCGGCGACUAAGGAGCGAUACUACAAUUCGACACCCCCAGAUGGCAAUGGGUGGUCCCCUAUCAUUAAAUGCCACCAGCCAUUCAGCGGCCGCAUCGCCUGGCUAUGCUACUCCGUCAUUCAACUACGCACGCAGUCGAUCAAGCAGUCGGUCAAAUCUCAUCAACACGUCGGUGCCGUCCUCUUUGGCGACGCCACGUUCCGGGGAGGCCUUCCCUCCCAUUCCUACAUCAGGCGGCGUACCUCGAAUCAACCCAUUGACUGGCCUAGACGAGAUUGAGGAGGAACGCAUAUUCGAAAAGAUCUUCCAUCAACUCACUUCCGCGUACAGCUCUGCUCUCCAGGCUCUCCCACUUGCUCGACGACAGUUUAGCCGAUGCCUUGAGGUGGCAGAGCAAUCGCGCGAGUCAGACGGAAUCCAAAUGCUCUGGAACAAUCUCAUCCGCCGCUGUCGCUACUGUCUAGAAGUAUCUGAGGCACUGGGAAUGCGACUCUCCAACAUGAAAGUGAAGGAGCCAGGUGGCGGACUACGAAACCAGCGCGAGUUCUGGCAACUGUGCAAGACCUUUAUGCAAUCUUUCGUCGAUCUUGUGACCGACAUGCGAGAAGUAAGAAGCAUGCAGCUUCUCCCAGGAGAUAUUAUCAUUAUACUGCGCCCGGUCCAGAAAGCCAGUCGAGAAGCGGGUCGCCUCAUCGAGGCAUCCCCUUGGUCAUAUCUCGCAGACAUGGCCCCAACCCAUACGCCAAGCAACUUGUAUGGGCCACCCCUUCAACCCCCUCACCCACACGCGCUGCAUCAUACCUCGGUGUCAACCUCGGCCAUUGGGUCUCACUCAACUGCGUAUCAGCUGGCUGCGAGCCUGUCCCCACAAUCGGUGACCGUUCCUGCCACUCCGCUGAGUGCUGCACUAGGCCCCGCUGCGCAGGCCACUGUACCUUCUACCCCAGCGAGUGCAUACAGCGACAAGUUCUUCGAGGGUGACGUCUUCCAGCGAGCGGAUUCGCUCCUCUCAAUGCCAAAUCAGGCACCCUUCUUUGCACGCCGGUGA